AUGGGGCGGCCCAAGCGGUCCCGGCACCAGAAGCGCGCACGCGCCCAGGCGCAGCUCCGCAACCUCGAGGCCUAUGCCGCACAGCCGCACUCGUUCGUGUUCACGCGGGGUCGCGCUGGUCGCGGCGUACGGCAGCUUAGCCUGGACGUGCGGCGGGUAAUGGAGCCUCUCACCGCCACCCGCCUGCAGGUUCGGAAGAAGAACUCGCUGAAGGACUGUGUGGCAGUGGCUGGACCCCUCGGUGUCACACACUUCUUGAUCUUGAGCAAAACAGAGACCAACAUCUACCUUAAGCUGAUGCGCCUCCCAGGAGGGCCCACCUUGACCUUCCGAGUCAACAAGUACACACUGGUGCGUGACGUGGUCUCCUCGCUGCGCCGGCACCGCAUGCAUGAGCAGCAGUUUGCCCACCCACCUCUCCUGGUGCUGAACAGUUUUGGCCCCCACGGCAUGCACGUGAAGCUCAUGGCCACCAUGUUCCAGAACCUGUUUCCCUCCAUCAAUGUGCACAAGGUAAACCUGAACACCAUCAAGCGCUGCCUCCUCAUCAACUACAACCCCGAUUCCCAGGAGCUGGAUUUCCGGCAUUAUAGCAUCAAAGUCGUUCCUGUGGGCGCAAGUCGCGGCAUGAAGAAGCUUCUUCAGGAGAAGUUCCCCAACAUGAGCCGUCUGCAGGACAUCAGUGAGCUGCUGGCCACGGGCGCAGGGUUGUCAGAGAGUGAGGCAGAGCCCGAUGGCGAGCACAACAUUACAGAGCUACCCCAGGCUGUUGCUGGGCGAGGCAACAUGCAGGCCCAGCAGAGCGCCGUGCGGCUCACUGAGAUUGGUCCUCGGAUGCUGCUGCAGCUCAUCAAGAUCCAGGAGGGUGUCGGAGAGGGGAACGUGUUAUUCCACAGCUUCGUGCACAAGACAGAAGAGGAACUGCGGGCUAUCCUGGCAGCCAAGGAGGAGAGGCUGCGGCUAAAAGCCCAGAGGCAGGAGCAGCAGGCCCACAAUGUGCAGCGCAAGCGGGAGCAGCGAGAGGCUCAUAAGAAGAAGAGCGUGGCGGGCAUGAAGAGGACACGGGCAGAGGCUGGCGGAGACAGCGAUGCAGAGGACCCCGGGGCUCCACCAGAGGCAGAGGGGACUGGCCCACCUGAGGAGGAGGAGGAUGAAGCCGAGUAUUUCCGCCAGGCAGUGGGCGAGGAGCCUGAUGAGGACAUGUUCCCCCGGGUGGUGAAGCGGAGACAGACAGCCAGGCCGCCACAUAAGAAGCAGCGGGUAAAGAAGGAUCGGAGGCCAGACCGAGGUGGUGACUGGAGGCCUCCAAAGCACAAGGACGGUUCCCGAGGAGCCCAGGCCAAGCUUGGGCCCAGAGGGGCUGCCCGGGGCCGCACACAGCGCCACGCACGGCCACCGAAGAGAGCUGAGGGUGGAGCCCCUGGGGAGGGAGGAGCUAGCCUCACUGCUGGUUACUCAGAGGAGCCAGGGACAGCGUGGGGCGUGGACCUGGACAUGGGCUCUGCAGCAGCUGGUGAAGGUGUGCCAUCCUGCCCACCCAACUUCUUGACAGCUGCAGAAACGGUCCUCAACAGUAUCCAAGAGGACUUUCUAUGGCCCGUGUUGGUGGCCGAGUUCCUAGUGGCCACGACCGGCAAUGGCCUGGCCCUGUACCGCUUCAUUACACGGGAGCAGCGCCCCUGGCACCCAGCAGUGGUCUUCUCGGCCCAGCUGGCGAUCAGCGACCUGCUGUAUGCCCUGACCCUGCCUCCACUGGCUGCCUACUUCUACCCGCCCAAGAACUGGCGUUACGGGGAGGCUGCGUGCCUCCUGGAGCGCUUCCUCUUCACCUGCAACCUGUUGGGCAGCAUCAUCUUCAUCACCUGCAUCAGCCUAAACCGCUACCUGGGAAUCGUGCACCCCUUCUUCACCCGCAGCCACCUGCGGCCCAAGCACGCCUGGGUGGUCAGCGCUGCUGGCUGGGCCCUGGCGGCCCUGCUUGCCGCACCCAAGUUCAGAUUCUCUGGCCUGAAGGAGUGUACCAAUGGGUCGGCAGCCUGUUUCAAGUGUCUGGGUACAGCGGAUAACAGCCAUCUCGAGGCAUAUUGGGCCUACAGCCUGGCCCUGGCUUGCCUGGGCUGUGGCCUGCCACUGCUGCUCACCCUGGCAGCCUAUGGGGCUCUGGGCCGGGCCAUGCUGCGCAGCCACAGCAUGAAGGCGGCUGAGAAGCUGCAUGUGGCAGUGCUGGUGGCCAGCGGCGUGGUCCUUUAUGCCACCUCCUAUGUGCCCUACCACGUCACGCAUGUGCUCAACGUGCACGCCCGCCAGCGCUGGAACGCCCAGUGCCCAGACUUUAGGAACGAGGCCCAGGCCCAGGCGGCUCUGGACAAGCGGUCCUACGUGGGCUACCAGGUCAUGCGGGUGCUCAUGCCCCUGGCCAUCUGCAUCCACCCACUGCUCUACAUGGCUGUGGUGCCCAGUCUGAACUGCUGCUGCCACGGCUGCCCUAGAUGCAAGAAGGAAAGAGCCCCAGCGGUCCCCGAGAUCCCCAUCCAAGCACUGCCCCUUAAUGUAACAGCCACCCCUGAGACCUCGAAGCCCUGA